AUGACAAUUGUAGUUCCAAGGCUCACUGCUUGUCACCAAAAAGGUUUACAAUAUGUUUUUGGUGAGUUAUUUUAAGUAUAUAUCGAAGUUUUUUGUGUUUAGGCAAUGGGAACACAUUAGAAUUUCGAGAUUUAACAUCAAAAUCUGUUAAAAAGCUGAAAGUAUUUGCUGAAAACGCUUGUGUUAUCUAUGGAAUCGUCUUGGAUUUGAUUGAUGAUGAAGGUAGGACUUUAUUAAUGUAUUUUUGAAUGUUUUUACAUUUAGGUAUAUUUUGUUUUGGCGAAAGAGAACUGGCUUGGAUCAAGGAUUACAAUGUGAUUUAUCAAUUAAAGCUGGAUGAUUGGAUCUCGGCUGUCAGUGUGUUAGGUAAUGGUGAUGUUGUUGUGUUGACCAGUAAGAAUAUUGUCAGACGAUAUAGUAGAAAGAAUGGCAAUGAGUUGGAGCUUGUUGAUAGAGUUGAAUUGGAGAGUCUCGGCCUAUUGUAUGUUGUUUUAGGGGAGUCGAGAUAAGAAUAGUUAUAACUUUUUUUUAUGAAAUGGGCUGGAAUUUACAGUGAGCUAAGUAGAUGUAUCAAGUUUGCAGUAUGCGAAUUUUCAGAUUUUGUGCUGUGAUAUCAGGUAGCAACUGGGAUGAUCUUUCACUAUAUUGUGGUAACGUUUUUGGAGAUGUUGUAUUGUUUAGACAUCUUGAUGGAUCUUGGAAAAGUACUGUUUUUAAGGGGCAUAAGGUAUGUUUCGUGUUUUUAAAAUAGCUUUUUUUUGAGUAAAUUGUAUUUCAUAUUAAAUUAUUCACGACAUGUUAUUGUAAUAUAAUAUUUCUAACCCUUUUUAUUGAUAAUAUUACUUUUCUUAUUGAAAAAAUUACUUUUCAGGGCAUGAUAUUUGGUUUAACUUUAACAACUACUCACUUAUAUUCGAUAUCAGACGAUAGGACAUUGACAGUUUGGGACAGGUAUACAGGAGAGAUGUUAUCACAAGGUUACGGUCAUUCAGCUAGGCCAUUGUCGAUUACCGUAGCAUCUGAUAGUAGGAUAUUUACUGGAGGGUAUGAUGAGAUGAUAUGCGUUUGGGAAUUCGACAAAGAACUUGUUUUAAAACAUUCUAUUCAGCUGUCCGGAGGGCCAAUUCGAAGUUUGGUUACUGUGGAUGAUAAGUUGGUAGGAUAUGUCAAUAUUUUUUGUUUUAUAUGACAUUACUGUUGCAUAUGAAGUUGUUAUUGAAUUUAAUGGUGUAUAAGUAUAUGUUUGAUCAUUUUGAAAUUGUAGAUAGUUGGUACAGCUACAGGAACGUUGAUUGAAGUCACUGUGCCAAUGGAACGAUAUGCUGUGACUGAAAACAAAUUAGGGUUUUUGGUCAGGUCAUUUUGUAGAGUUUCUGAAGAUGCUACAGUUUAUAUCAACGAGUCACGGUAAUUUUCAUUAUUUCUUUAUUCUUGUAGGUAUUGAUUUUUGCGUGUGAUAUAGUGAACAACACUGAUUUUUGUAAUAAGAAUGACUUUUUAUUGUUUUAUUCUAACAAGGAAAGUACCCAACCUGCAACUCUUAGAAUUAGCUCAAAAUUUUUAUACGGUUUCUUUGUAGUACCAUUAGCACACAUAAAAAAUCUUCGCUUGCGGUUUUAAGUUUUAAAAUUAAUAUAUUUAAAUUUCCCGCGAAUUUGGCUGAUUUGGCAUUGUGUUUCAAGCACUUUUUUUGAUGUUCCAGAUAAGAUAGGCUUACAAAUUUAAAAAUGUAGGUUUAUUUGAAGCUUUUCUAUCAUUAUAUUAAAGAAAAAUAAUUAAAAGUCAAAAAAUGACAAAGUUAAAAGUUUGCAACACUAUGCCAAGUUGGCGGGAAAUUCAAAACGCAAUUUUUUGAUCUCGAUUUUCUCAAGAGUGACCGCAAACCGCAAAUUAGAAUUUUACAUAAGGUCUUACAUUUAAAUGCUCUUUCAAUAGAAAAAAUUUAAACCAAAUCUGAGCGUUGCAGGUCGGGUACCUUCCUUGUAAGCCAUUUUCUAUUUCAGAGAACUAAUAAAAUACGAUGAACAGGGUUCAAGUGUUUUGUUAUCAUCAUCUCCAUUAAAAUUCAACACUUUAGUUAAGAUGCCAGAAGGUGCAGUAAUUGUAGCUGAAGAACAUAAACUACACUAUAUAUACAGUAAGCGGGGUUUACGAUGGUAACUUUGUUGGUUAUCUUUUUGUUGAGGAUAAUUUUCUUGGUGAUUUAAGUAAAAUUUGAAAAGAAUUAUAAUGUUAUGUUUCAGGCCUCGAAAAGCCCCAAAAGAUGAAAAUCGAAGUGCAAUAUUCAAUAGUAACGUUGGUGGUGGUAAACCAAUAUGUUUUGAUAUCCGAUGAACAUGAGCAAUGUGUAAGUGAGAGUAAAAUACUAGAUUAUUAAUUUACUUUUUUAUAUAUUUUAAGACUUGUUGUACUCAAUUGUUUUUCGAAAGAUAUUUAAAUGUUCUUAGAAGUUUAGAACAAAUAUAUCGACUUUUAGCACAUUUUUAAAGCGGAAAAAGGUCAAAUUAAAGAAGUCGGAGUGAUAACAAUACCUUCAAGACAUAGGAUAUCUUCUGGAUUUGUGUUUGGAAAUAUUAUGGUGAUGGGAACGACGAAAGGAACGGUUAUGGUGAUAGAUCAACAUGACUUUGCAGUACGUUUUUAUUUUAGUAUUACAAAGGAUGUGCUUGGUCUUUAAAUUGAAAAAUACGUUAAAGCAACGUAUUUUUAAUAGUAUUACAUACAUUUUUAAUCAAAAAUAUUAGAAGAUUGAGAAAUGGGUUGUGUAUGCUUGGCUCUAUGAUCGGACUGGGUCGGGCCGGCCUUGAGCUAAAAUUGAAACGAACUGGGCCUAAAAAUAGGGCCCGACUUGCGUACUGGGCUUGAAAAAUAAGCUUGGGCUUAAACAAUUUUAUCUCUUGAAAAUUUUUAAUGACGUUUUGUGCCGUGCCGGUUCUAGAAUUUUUCUGACCGUAUUGGGUUGGCUUUAGAAAAAAUGAAAACGGGCCGGACCUAAACGUUGGACCCGGGCUGGGCCUUAAAACUCAGUCCAGCCUGGCCCCACUCAUAAAUAAUAUAAAGCAUGUGAUAUAAUAAACACUUACUUAUAUUAUGUUAAGGUACUAGAAACCAUCCCAAAAGCCCACAAAAAAGAGUCGAUAUUGAACAUUACAGCGUUUGGUGGUAGUAUAGUAUCAAUGGGAAAAGAUGGCUAUGUAGCUACGUGGACUUACGAUAAAAAGCUGGAGUUAAUAUCAGUUAAAGGGACAAUCGAAUGGCCUUGUAAAGUAAUAAAGCAAGGGAAUGAGGUUUAUUUGAUUGGAUUUCAUGCUGUAAGUUUGGGAAUGAAUAUUGGAGUUGCUGUUUUUACUUUUGAGAUUACUAUAAAAUGUUUUUUAAGAGGUUUUAGUUAUGGUUUUGGGUACGGUUUAUCUUGUUUUAGAAGUAUUUACCUUAUUUUAGGUUUUUCAAUGGGAAAAACUUGAUUUUAACAAUUUUAAUUGAAAAAAUAUUGAUUUUAUUGCUAUAAGUAAUAUAAACCAAAAAAGAAGAUAAUGUACACAAUAAAAUUACAAUUUUCAGGACAAGUUUGUAGUGAUCAACAUGGAGACAUACCUAACAGAAGCCGAAGCGCCUUGUGGUGGAGGUCACAGAAUCUGGGAGUAUAAUGCCAAGGAAAACUUGCUCGAAUACAUUCAGAAGGGAGAACUAUACACAGCCAAGUGUAACCUGACUAAAAUGAAGUGUCUGGAGGUUGGUUUAGUUUGGUGUUUAUUAUUAAUGUAUCAAAAAAAAGUUUUUUUGUUUUUUGAAUUGUAACUUAAUGUAAACUGACGACAAAACUUUUUUUGAUUUUUUAAUGGGAAGAAUGUGACUAAUGGGGAGUGUGCUACAGCUUUCAGGGCUGAUGAGGCUUGACUGGUAAAGGGGCUUAAGCCGGGCUCUUGGGCUUUCAUUUAGGCCUGACCCUUUGGGAAAGAUCCGGCUUCUUUCAAUUUUUUUUGAUCCGGCCAAGUCUGGUGUGCUUCCCCAGGUCUAGGCGAGGCAGUUUUUUAUGUACUGCUUCAUCAUCUUUUGGUAGCAGCAAGUAGAGGUGAGGUUGAAGUGUUGAAUGGUAGAGAUGGCAACCUAGUGAAAGGUAAAAAAUUAUUAAUAAUGUUAUGUUUUAGGGUCCAUAUCAUUCAAGCGAAUCAACGUGCCUUACUGUAGUGAAAGAUACGUCCAGUUUGGAGGUUAAUAACAAUAUAAUUAGACUUGUUACCGGAGGAAAUGACACUAAAGUCAUAUUGUACGAGUAUGACAGUAGUAUAGGUGGGCUUUUGGCAGUAUAUGUUUGUAAAAUACGGGCGGCUUCAUUUAACAAUUGUAAAUCUUGGUUUCAGAUGAGAUACGUGUUUUGCAGACGUCAGAACGACCAUUAUCCAGCGUUCACAAUAUUGCAUCAAGUGGCAAAUACGUGUUUACAGUAGGAGGAAGAGGCGAAAUCAUUGUUUGGAAAGUUGAAGGUAGGACUUUUAUCAUAUCGUCUUCUGUAUAAGCAGUCGCUGGGAGAUUUUAAGUUUGAGAGGUUGAAAAUGAUUUAUAUGUAACUUAAUAACAAAGCUGUUUUAGAUGAUCAACUGAUAUACGUGUGCUCAAAAUGCUUUUCCAACGAUUUUCGACUAAUAUCAGUAGAUGUACAACAAGAACAAGACGGUCAGUAUAUGAUAAGUGUGUUGGAAGCAAACGCUGUUAUAACGUAAGUUGAGAUAUAGACUUUGGAACGAGAUUAGGCUUUGGUAUGAUGUACAAAGGGCCGGGCGCGAAGGGGGGGGGGGCGUGAAAAAAGUUUUGAAAAAAGUUGAACGUGGUCCCCCUGUGGAUUUUUGGAAAAAAAAAUGCAAAAAACCUCGACCCCGCCCCCAGACCAAAAGUCCCCGCCCGGCCAGUGUUUUGCCGGACCGGUCCGGAUGAGAAUUUUUUCGGUCCGGUCCGGCUCUAUUUUUUUUCGCUCAGGUCCGGUCCGGUCCGGACCAAAAAAGGUCCGGUCCGGUCCGGAAAAUUUUUUUUUUAUUUUUAAACAGAGCUAGGAGCGCUAAAACUGCUUUCUUUACGUUUAAAAACUCUUAAAAAUAUGUUUUAUUUGCAAUUUUUAAAACAGUUUUAUUAAAAUAAAAAAAAAUUUUUUUCCGGUCCGGCAAAACACUGCGCCCGGCCCUGGAUGUACACAUUGAAAAUUCAGUUUAAGACGAAGUUGAUUGGGGUGAUAAUGAUAAAGUAGAAAGGAUGUGGUAAUUUUUUUCUUAAAAGUAACCAUAAAAUAAAAUUGGAAUCGACUUUUUUAUUCUGGAUUUGUUAGUUACAAUAAUGUAACUGUUUAGGAUUUUGCACUUUUCUGAAGAUACGAAAACGUUAACUGAAGUAAAUAGCUUUGGAACGGAAGAAACAUGGAGCUAUGUGGCGAUAAAGAUGUUUGAUAACAGAGUAUACGCUGUUAAUACGAUAGGAGAACUAAUCGUCUACGAGAAUGUAAGUAGCGUUUUGUUGGAUUUGUAGUUUGUUAAGUAUUAAUAUAUUUUGUAUUAGGCGAAUCGCUCGGAGAUUUAAAAUUUGUUUGUUAUACGCAAAUUUUGUUAUAGAUCAGUUUAUUAUACAGAGGGCUACUAUAUUUAGAUUGAGUAAAAUUUGAAAGCGGUUUUAAAACUUAGUAUCAAGCUAAAAUAUCGUAAUUUUUGUGAUUCUAGACCCAAGAAGUAUCGAAAAUAAAAAUCGAACAGAAUUCAUUAAGCACGUUGAAUUUGGAAAUGGUAAAAGAAGACCAUUUUCUUAUCAUUGGAUCAGUUUCUGGUACUUUAACGGUAGUCAAAGUACAAGGUAUUCGAAUGAAAGUUGUUGCUCAAAGUAUUCAGCAUGCUUCUACUGUUACAGGUAGAUUUUUAAAUUUUUUUAAAUUGAAUUUUUUUCAUUUGUUUGUUACCGUAGCUAUUAGUUGAGCUAAUCUUUUUAUUUGUAAAAGGGAUGUUUGACUAGUCUAGAAAAAAGCCCGUUUUGUGGUUUGGAAUCCGGCUUUCUGGCCCACAUGUGCCGGGUUUGGUCUACCUCAAAUUUGCUUCAGCUUGGAUUGAUCUUUUGUUCAUUCAUGAGCAAGACAAGUAUUUUUAAAUGAAUAGCUUUAAAAUCAGAUUUUCUUUACACUUUUUGAAAUUGAAAUCUCCCGUUGCGGGACUCAAGCUGGGCUUCUGGAGCCAUAAUUUAGAGCCGUUCCUCGGUCUCGCACGAUUUGGUCCGGCUGUUUUUAAAUUUGUUGGUCGUUUAUGUCUACUUUUGGCUAGUUUUGCUUGAUUGUGUGUUAUAUUACUUCUCUAUUAGGUAGUUCAAAUAUUAAUGUUCAUUUUUGAUUGCUAAUAUUAAACAACGCAAUUUUAGACAUUGAUGUAGAGGUAAAAGAAGGAGGAUUAGAAUUGAUAUCAGUCUCAUUGGAUCGUCGGAUGGUUAUAUCUCGCUAUGAUGAUGAAAAGGUAUGUAAUUUUCAUUAUUUUUCAAAAAUUGAACUUUUAUUAUAAAUACUGCUGUUUACAGUGUUGUUCAUAAUUGGAGUUCAUGAAAGUAUGGUUUGUUAGAAUCUUAUUGCUUGGGUAUUUUUUUGGUUUUUUAAUUUGAUUUUCCUUUCAGAAAGCCUUGAAUGUCUCAAGAAUUACUUGUUUAACUACUGCAGAUCCAUCAUCUGUGGUGAAAGUUGAAAACUUGUAAGUUUAUAUGUAAAAAUGUGAAAGACGGUUUAUAUAACCAUAUUAUUGUUAGUGCCGGACGAAAAAUUUUGUUUUGUAAGGAAGGGACGUAGCGGGAGGGAUGCUUGGGGUGGAUAAACUUCUAGCUGAUUCGAAAACAAAAAGUUACAGGUAACUUUGAUGUUUUUUCUUGUAUAAUGAAUUUACAAAGUACCUGUGAACCAAAAAAAUUUUUUUUGUUUAUUACUCCUCCCGCUCCCCCCUGGACAUGAGAAACGGGUCGGGUCUAAAUUUUAGGCCCGCCCUGAUCGAAAUUUUGCUCAAGGCUCGGCCUGAAUUUUUUUACGGGGAAUGGGCCGGGCUUGAAUUUUAGGCCCGGCUCGAUCUAAAUUUUGCUCAAGGCCGGCCCGGCUUUCUUCUCAUGUCUACUUCCCCCCUCCUCCUACUUUAAAAAAAAUCUGUAGCGACGUUCGUGCUGGGACGGGUAUUGUUUUGUAAAAGCAAUAAGGAGGUAAUUUCUAUAAGGUUGUUCAAAUAAUUCUGUGUUUUCUUUCAAAACGAAUUUUCGGGGUUAGGGCCACAGAAUUAUUUGAAGAACUUGAUAUAAUUUAGCUUUGUGUCUAUGAACGUGUCUUAUGAGAGGUGGGGGAGUUUUCAAGAGAGAUGAUUUCAAUUAAAAAUUUUUUUUUGUCAAAAAGUAUGAAAACUGCUUUCAGAAAGACCGUACUGAUAGCUGGCUACGGACUAGAAACUGUAAAAUUAUGA